UUUAGUUUUUCUCUUCGCUCGAGCUGUGGUGGUGUCGGUUGUCUCGAUAAUUUUCUUUUCUUUUCUUGACAUAAAACAGAAUGAUCCGUAACAACUUUGCUAAAAUCUAAUUCCUUGUGUGUAUUGUGUUUAAAACAUUUAAAAAUUUGCACAGAGUGCUUGCAGUGAUUUGUGCAUUACAAUGGCUCGGCUUACGGAAGAGAUGGUGAUCGCACGAUCCAAGCAAUCGGAUUUAUAUGCGAUAAAGAAACUCAACUGCUGGGGCGCAGAACUUGGCGAUGUUAGCCUUCUGAGACAGAUGCCCAACGUCGAAGUCUUGGCUUUUAGUUUAAACAAGAUCCGUACAUUGGGCGACUUUGCCGGCUGUCGACGAUUGCGGGAGCUCUACAUACGCAAGAAUGAAAUCCGCAAUUUAGCAGAGAUCCGACACCUUAGGCAUUUACCGGAUCUCACCAGUCUCUGGCUGGAUGAGAACCCCUGUACACAGCACCCGGAAUACAGGAUGACGGUGCUAAGGAAUCUACCGAAUUUAGAGAAGCUCGAUAAUGUAAUUGUACAACCUGAAGAGGUACAAGAAGCAAUGAGACGAGGUGCACAUAUACCUGACUCCGACGAUGAAGGGUACCCACAACAGCAGGAGACAUACGGUCAAUACAGACGACAGAGGUCGUGUGAAUCUAGUCCCGACAGAGAACCGGAGCCUUACUACGGUAGACCAGCACAGAGACAUGAACAGAAACCGGUGUGCCAAAAAGAAAAUGUCAGAAAUGGACCGAAUCACGCUAAACAUAAGGGAAGCGACGGCUCGCCCGACGGAGGCUCCGAGCCUGCGACGGAGCCCCCGCGAUCAGAAAACCACCAGCCUUGCCCCCUAUCGCCUACCCGACGGGCCCCCACUCCGGAACCUGAUGAACGAUACGAGCACCCCGCUAUGACCAGCUCACACUAUGAAACACGCACUCGCCCGCGCUCGCCCGACGCCGCCUCACUGCGCCACUCUGUGUCCGCUCAUAAUGUUAAGGAGUAUACAUAUGCAGCUAAUGGUGAAUGGAGGCAUUGCGGAGGUGCGGCUUCAACAUCCGAUAGAUCAGAAACAUACCAAACACGUGAGUGGGAGCGAGAAAGAGAAACGGAGAAGGAGCGGAGAGAGAGAGAGUACCCGUCCGCGGUGAUGGCGGAGCAUCGCGGCUUCACGCGGCGACCUGUCACCAGAAAUUCGAACCUACUAUCCGCCUUGCUGUGUCUUGUCAAAGAGCUCGACUACCCGAGCCUAGAGGUAGCAGAAAUGGCUGUAAGAUGUCGUAUGGACGAGUUGGCGAACAGCCAGUGACGUAACGCCGACGCCAAAUGCUAAACACACCGAUGACACGCGACUUGCGACCUUAGCUUCGACAACACAAGGCCGAGAAUAGCGUGCGGCUUGGUGACAGCACUGGCGUUAGCUUGCUAUGUUGGACUGUUGGCCCAAACAUUUGUAAAGGUGCCCAAACACGUAGUCGAUUUUUAGAAAUAUCAGGGCUGCGAACUAUUUUAAUAAAUUAUAAUUAUUAAUUUGCCUAAUAUGCAAUAAUUGUGACUUAAUUGCCGUAAUAAAUUUAUAAAAAUAAUGAAAAUGGCAAUAUAGGUUUUAACGGCAGGAAUGAUUCGUUGUAUAAAAAACAUCACAAUUUUAGAAACGCUUCAAUAGCUUUAAUAGAUUUUUUAGUGCUUAGUAAUUAAUGAAAUAUCACUAUUAAAUUAAAAAAUUGCCUAAAUAUAACUGUUAAGGUUAGGCCUGCAAGUUUGUAAGCCCUGAUUAUACAAUGCAGUAAAUUGCAGUACAGUUAAAAAAAUAUCUAUGUACAUAAUUCGUAUAUAUAAAUACGCUUUAAUUGUCUAAUUUUAGAUCUGUGCAAUUAUAAUCAUAAAUCAAAUUAAUUUUCGCCUAUUUGGCGAAUAAUAUUAUUCAACAAUCGUUUGAUCAAAAUUGUCUAUACUUUUUUUUCUAUUUUUUAUUUUUCAAUGUCCAUGGAAUUGGUUAAAUGUUGAGAUGCGGAAAAGCUUUAAUUUUUUUUUCCAAGUGCUAUUUAACCCACUUAUAACAAUAUUAAAAAACAU